CAUAUCAGACUCUUGCUACAGUGAAGUUGCAGGAAACGUCAGCAGUUCCAGAGGAAAGUUCAAAAUCUCCAAUUACAAGAGAAGAUAGGACAAGUAAACCAACAAGUGAAAUGUCUAGCAGAGACAUUGCAUCUUCUACUGGCUCAUCGUUGUUCAGCACUGAGAAGACAACAAAUCUUCUACCUAAGGAUGACGACAGUGUUCAAACAGGUCAGACAACCACACCUUCACUUUCCACAGUAACGGGCAGAACAGAAAGUUCUUCUGCCGCUUCUCCAGUAGAUAGAGACUAUACUAGAGGCCAAACCAUUGACAUGUCCACACCAGUAUCGACUGUUGCAGGGUUAUCGUCAUCUGAUAUCGUCAAUGAGACAACACGAUCGCCUGAAGCUACGACGAUUCAAAUAGGCACAGAACCCGAAAUCUCCGGAGAAGGCUCUGCUGCUUUUGCUGACAAGUCAGUUGUGACCAUUGCCACUGCAUUCCCAACAUCUGCUGUCUCUGAUGGUAAACCCAUGAGCCCAUCAACGCUUUCUUCGAUUAUUCCAUCUGUCUCAUCAUCCACAACUCUGCAUGAUGAGUAUGAAGAAAUAAGUACAAGGUUUACAACUGUCGAGUCCAUUGAUGUACUCAGUGAAUCAAGUAUUCAACCUGACACAGCUUCAAAGCUCAUUGUCACAGAUCCAGAAAGUGCUGGACAAACACAUUCUAAUAUUACUGAUGAGUCAAUGAAGACAACAGCAGUUUAUACAACAAUAGGCACAAAGUCAGCUUCAGUCUCAGAAUCAUACACAUCUGAAACAAGUGAUUUGUCAAAAACUGCUGUUACGCCAGCCGUCUUACUCCGUAGCACAGCAAAACCAACAUUGGAAUCUACUGAAACAGAACAAACUUUUACCACAUCCCAUUCUCAAGCAAAAUCUGAAACUUCAUUUGACACGUCAAGCUCAGCCAUAACUGAUGGAAGGACCACAAAUCCAUAUACUAGUGGAUACCCUGAAGAAAUGUCCAGCAAACACAUGGAAUCUCCAACAGGUUCCUCGUUAAUCAGUCCAGAGACCACAACAGCAGAACAAAUUGAUAGCUUUUCAACAGAACUAAGAACUCUCCCCUCAGUUUCAUCUCUUACUGAAAAGCCAGAGAAAAGUGUUGGUGCUACUACAGAAGAUAUGGACGGUUCAGGAACUCCGAGUACAGACUUGUUCACAUCAUCUAUAACCGUUAUUGGUGCAUCGUCCAGUCUCUACAGUAUUGACACAACAACAGUAACAACAUCUCCUGAAUCAGAGUCUGCCUCUGUGAGAACAGAACAAGGUACUUCUGGUGAAAACAUCACUAAGUCUACUGAGACACCCAUCACUAAAACCACGUCUGCCUCUUCUGCUUUCAAUAUUCUGUCCGUCUCGACAUCAAGAAAAGCCGAAACAAGUGACACUUCAAAAAACAGACGUUUCUUCAGCUUCAGCGCUCCAGAGCACAGAGGAACCAACAUCAAUGUCAUCUGAAACAUAUCAGACUCUUGCUACAGUGAAGUUGCAGGAAACGUCAGCAGUUCCAGAGGAAAGUUCAAAAUCUCCAAUUACAAGAGAAGAUAGGACAAGUAAACCAACAAGUGAAAUGUCUAGCAGAGACAUUGCAUCUUCUACUGGCUCAUCGUUGUUCAGCACUGAGAAGACAACAAAUCUUCUACCUAAGGAUGACGACAGUGUUCAAACAGGUCAGACAACGACACCUUCACUUUCCACAGUAACGGGCAGAACAGAAAGUUCUUCUGCCGCUUCUCCAGUAGA